ACUUCUGUGAUGCCUUUCACAGAAUACAUUCCUAAGCAGGUUCUUGUAGCUCGAUGUAUUUGCACAAAUUACAUGCAGCUUUAGUCUGGCACUGUAAGCUGCAUUAAGUGACUCACAGUGAUCUUAUGGGAUUUAUUCUCAUACCAGUGUUUUUGUUGCAUAUUUUAUUAAGUGCAGUGUAAUUCUACAACACAAGUGAUAACUUUGAUGUGCAGAUUACGGCUCCAGCUGGAAUGGCUGGGCCAGGCAGCCGCCUGCAGGUCUUUCCUUUCACUAUGGAAGCGUGUGACGGAGGCGAGUCUGCACCUCAGGGGAGCUGCUGCAGAACACACUCUGGGUAUCUUAGGCUGCUCUGGGCCACGAGGCACAGAUCUACGGUGCCAGUAGUUGGCCGCCUGGGAAACUGCCCUCAGGUUCCUUAUGGGCCAUUGGGGACGCUCGUGUUUCUGUUAAAUCAGGCAUACGGUAUAUAUGUGCUGAAAAAAUACUAGCUGGAACAGAAAUGUUGCUAAUAUGUAGCGCAUGAGGAAACAAUCGUAUGCCCUCUGCCAAGCAGCUUACAGUGUACCAUCAAUGGGCCAUCAAUGGCUUUAAUGCCACUGGUUUUAACUGCUAAUCGAACAGAUGGGAUUUCAGGUGUUAUUUUAGUUAUUUGUGCAGCACCUAUUUCACGCUGAGCAUGUCCCCUAACAUGACCACCUGAACGUUUAAUAUUCAUCUAAAAUUUCUAAUAAAAAUGCACAGUUCUGGCUGCAGAAGCCCAGAUAUUAACUCGGCUCUCUACACGCUGGGUGCCUCACCGCUGUUAAGAUCGCUUGCAGGCAGAUUAGGUGCAGGCAUUUGGGUGACCACUGCCACCCUGCACCUUAUCCUCUGGGCCAGGGGGUCUUUACAGCCCACACUGCCCAGACUGACGCUACUGCUGAAGGGGGGGAUGCCGAGCAUGCGCGCAUGUCAUGGUUGGGGCUUUACAAUAUGAUUACAUAGGGCCAGAGAUUAGCGUCACUGCCCACAACUGUCGCUGUAAUCCCUCUUGAGAGGAUAGAUUUAGCAAAACUACGGGUUCGGAAAGCAGCAGCCAUAUUGUGUGUUUUCAAUGCGUUUUAAACGGCGUUAAAACUGCAGUGAAUGUAUUGAUAAGACAACUGAUUGCAAUUAACUUUUGGCAGUAUUAUUGUAAACCGAAUGGUAACAGUUUCGGGACUUAAGCAACUACCAAGUUUUAAAUUGAGGUUUGUGUUUUCUUUCACUGCGGUGGUAUUUUAAUAAAGUUGAAAAUUGUUACAGUUGGCUUUAAAAAUGAAAGAUCGACUGGAACAACUGAAAGCGACGCUCGACGCCGAUGAUACAGUUGAGACUGAGGUGGCUGUGGACAAUGCCGCCUUUAUGGAUGAGUUCUUCUCUCAGAUUGAGGAGAUCCGAAGCAAUAUUGACAAGAUAGACGAGAAUGUGACCGAAGUCAAGAAACUUUACUCCAUCAUUCUUUCUGCACCGACAUCAGAUCAGAAAACCCAAGAUGACUUGGAAGCAGUCACCAAUGACAUCAAGAAAAUGGCCAAUAAUGCUCGCAACAAACUGAAAAGUAUUGAGCGAAAUCUAGAAUCCCCCGGGGAGCGAGUGUCAGCUGACCUGCGGAUACGCAAGUCUCAGCAUGCAGUUCUGUCGAGGAAGUUUGUGGAGGUGAUGACCAAGUACAAUGAGGCGCAGGUCGACUUCCGGGAGAGGAGCAAAGGACGGAUCCAAAGGCAGCUGGAGAUCACUGGCAAAUCCACAACGGAUGAUGAGCUGGAGCAAAUGCUAGAAGGUGGAAAUGCAGCUGUUUUCACAGCUGGGAUCGUAAGCUCGGGGAUAUCACAGCAAGCACUGAGUGAGAUCGAAGCCCGACACAAGGACAUAGUGCGACUGGAGAGCAGCAUCAAGGAGCUCCAUGACAUGUUUGUGGACAUCGCCAUGCUGGUGGAGAACCAGGGCGGCAUGAUCGACAGGAUCGAGAGCAACAUGGACCAGUCAGUGGGCUUUGUGGAGCGGGGGGUGGCGGACACAAAAAAGGCAGCCAAGUUCCAGGCUGAGGCCCGCAGGAAGAAGAUGAUGAUCAUGUUGUGCUGUGUGGUUCUUGUUAUCGUCCUCAGUUCUGUUCUGUACAGUUUCAUCACUUAGAAAACAGUAGGUACUUCAUAGAUCUCUCCCCAAAACAAACUGGCUUCAAAGAGUUAACAGAUCACUGAGAAACAGCUCUAAAAUCACUUGGAGAGAGACUUCUGUGAUGGCUGCCAAUCAGUAUUUCUUAAAUCUACUGUUCACAAUGUCCUAUGUCUCCUCUCUCUCUCUCUCUCUCACUUUUGCUUAGUCACCCUUGACUCCUUCCUCCAAAGUGGUUCAGUGCUUGGAGCAGGAAUAAAUGUUUUGUGUAAUGUUAAACUGAAUUUUGAAAACCGGAAAGUGUUUUGAUUACUGCAGUUAUAAUCAACAUAUAAUGUUUUUGUUUCAAGUAAAAUAGCUCAGGAUAUAAUAACGUCAUCAAGGAAAUAGGUUCGAUAAAAGUAUGCAGAUAUAAAUCAUACUUACAUGAUUUUUGCCAUAUCCACUACGAAGAAAUGUGUGUGAUCUAUUAAUGAGGGACGGAUACAUGGGGGCAGGCAGUCGCCCCUAGUUCUUAUGAACCCACCCAUACAUUGAUUAAUAUGAAGACACUUUAACAAGUCUACAUUUCAGUAUUUUUCUUGUGUUAAAGCUUCACGGACAUUUUGCCUAUAGUGGUGUCCCAAGAGCAGUAACUAUAUAUUACUGUUUCUUUAUCCUACAGAACGAAUAGCAGGCACUUUCUUUAGUUUGUUUUUGUUGUACUUCAAAUAAAAAAAGUGAAAUAUA